AUGAGAGAAAGAGAACCACCUGAGUUGAGAGCAUCCUACGUGUCAGUGCUGACGAUUGUCGCGUUCUCCCUGGAGCGGUACCUGGCCAUCUGCCACCCACUCCAUCUUUACGCCAUGGCUGGUCUUAGGCGCGCCCUCCGUAUAGUGGCUGCCCUGUGGCUGAUCUCAUUGCUGGCUGCUUCUCCCUUCGCACUCUAUACCACUGUCAGCUACCAUGACUAUCCACCAGGAUCUGGCAACGCAUCCCUGGAGUCAGCAUUCUGUGCUAUGCUGGAGAUGCCGUCGUGGUACCUGUGCGAGCUGAGCAGCCUGCUGUUCUUCAUCCUGCCAGGAGUCAUCAUACUCUGCCUCUACGUGCGCAUGGGACUACGAAUUAGCGUUACGGGUAAACGGUUAGCACCGCAGCUGGCCGACUGUCUGCCGCUCAACGUGUCGCAGGUUCGAUUGCCACAUGAAACUAAUCUUUGUAUGAUCCACAAAUUGCUGUUCCGGGUUGGCAAACAUGCAGGCGGAUUACCUGAUGGUAAGCAAUCAGCGCCGCCCAAGGACACCCGCAAAUUCAAAGGAGUUGUGGUCGAGACCACACACACGAACAAGCCUGGCAGUCCCGGCACACUGAACGGAGUGAAUGGCAGCGUCCACGGCGAGGCCAGGCAGGCGCAGUCUAAGAAGACCAUCAUUAGGAUGCUGGGUAAGAAACAGAUACAGAUAAAUGUCAAUGAUUAA